AGAAGAUGGACCAGAGAGAUCAUAGUUUUACAGAAUUUGCGCAUCAAGGGCACUGACACAACUGAAUACAAGCAAUGAGGCAACUUCUUACAUGAGAAAAAUGAUUUAUGCAUUUUGGGAAAUAACUUAAUACAGUUAUUACUCUCUCAAUUUAAUGGUCAACUCGAGAGUCUUAAUUCGGGUAGUAUGCCUACAAUGGCAAUGCCGACCGUAAAUUAUUCCAGAAAUGCACUUAGACCAGAUUAUUUGAACACUCCUCUUCAAGUAAGGGAAGAGACAAAAUUGUCAGCUUUGGAUGCUACAAAUCAAAGACUUAAUAAAACUGAAAAUAACUUAAGAAUCAUGCUGGAGACGAGUCAGAUUUCAAAUCAAGAUAGUAAGAAUAGCUACAGAUUCAGGAUCUCAGAGAACAAGGAUAAAAUUGAUGAUUCUUCCUCUUCCAGUAUAUUUGAUCGAAAACAAGAAGCUCAGUUGGGAGUACCAAGGCCAAACGCUAGAAAAUUGUCUGAAACUACCAUCUCAGUUAAUAAACUGACUACGCUUGAUAAAGUAAAGAGCCAGCCAAAGAAACAAUUGAAGAAGGUGAGAGCAAAGACCCCAUUAUCAUUGAGCAAGCUUAAAUCUUCUUCCCGUGCGAAUGUAAUAAAAUAAAUCGUUAUCACUAUUGAAGAUGAAUUUUGCCAGGAGACUAGGAGCGACACCUGAAAUGGUCAAGAAAAUAGAGCAGGAAUCCUCCCAAACCCUCAAACCCAAGAGGAUCAAGAUCCGGCGAUAUAACAGCCACACAGAUUUUGAUGGUAAAAAGGACGAGAAAAAUGGUUGAGAAAAUUCUUCCCAAGAGACAACAGCUAUAAAUAACCAGCAUAAUUUGCCUGUAAUCAAUACGAAAAAGGAGAAGAUUAAGGUUUUGAAAAAUCAGAAGACAAUAAGGCAUAAUAAAAAUUCAGUGAUGCAGGAAUAUGCAGACCAGACUCCAACUUUCCCUCCAGAACAUAAGCCAAAAGAAGAAUCUGAAUUAUGAAAAAGAGACUCUAAUCCUCAGAUUCCUCCUAGAGCACAACCCCAGACCAUAAAACAACUUAAGAAGACGAUAAAUGAUCAGAAUAAUAUUAAAGUACUAUCUCAGAGUUCAUGAUCUCCAAGUAAAAAGGCAAUUCUCCGUAGAAAGAAGAGCAGGAUCAUACAGCUUAGAAAGACUAUUAAGGAAAAAGAACUGACUGAAGACCGCAAGGAGUAAACACUAAGCAGGAAAAGGUAUACUUCGGGCUACCAUUUUGGAAGCAAACAGAAUAUUUAUAUUGAAAAUUAACAUUUU